AUCCGUACUUUGUACAUUCAACUGUCAGAUAUGGACAUAAACCAGCUUGAAAAACUGCGGCCUGUUGGUCGAUUGGAGCAAUACUCCACCGCACGUAACCCCCUCGGGUUCUACUACAAUGUCGCAGUUGCUGCAACAUAUACACUUCCUGGGUCCGCUCUUUCGAUAGAAGACUACAUAUACAGAGCAUGCGAGUCAGCAAUUGGCCAGCAUCCGAUUCUUUCCGCCAUUCCUAUUGGUGAAGAUACGAAGGAGCCUUAUUGGGCGCGUCUUCCAGAGAUCGACUUAGAGCGUUGUGUCUCUUUUCAAACACGCAGCCAAUCUUUUCCAGGUGAAGAUGAGAAAGACGAUGAACUAGGGAAGUUGAUCAAUACCCAGCAUAAUACACCAUUUUCUCCGCCGCUUCAGUAUUGGAGGGUUUGUGUUUUGCUUGAUGCGGGGAAUGAGCGCCGUUUUACGGCGGUUUUUGUAUUCCAUCAUGCUGUUGGUGACGGUACUUCUGGAAAAACUUUCCACAAGACGUUCCUAGAGGCGUUGCAUGCAGCUACUGAAUCGCCAACGGGAGCAAGGCGAGUGAUUCCCUCGCCUACGAUGCCACUUCUCCCGAACAUCGAAGAGAUUCAUCCCAUGACCCUCACCAUCCCAUACCUUGCUACUACCUUGUUCAAAGCGAAGGUUUGGUCCUGGAGGGAUCCUGGGCUGUGGACUGGCUCAGAGAUUCGUGUCCCACUUGAGACGCAAAUGCGCCAUAUUGUCAUUCCCAAAUCCCUCGCAACAUCUUUCAGGCAUGCUUGUCGUCGCAACAACACUACGAUCACCGGGGCUUUGCAGACAGUCAUCUCCCGCGCUUUCUUCACACACCUCCCCGAGACUUUCACACAGAUCAAAUGCGAUGGUCCCCUCUCCUCCCGGAAAUUCCUCCCUGACAUCGUCAACGACGAUUCGAUAGGCGUCUGGAUACAGGAUUACAAUGAAUAUUACUCACGCGACAGCGUCUUGGUGGAUUCCUUUCCUUGGAACGAAGCCCAACGGUCUCGAAGGACGAUAGAAAGCACCCUAAGCCUCCAGGGCACGAACGCCUCGCCAAAUCUUCUCAAAUACGUCAACGACAUCCAUCAAGAGCUGUUCCUAUCCAAGAUAGGAAAACCACGGGGAUCAAGUUUCGAAUUGUCAAAUAUCGGCGUUUUUGCACCCGGUCUCAAAUCGAAUGACGAUCCUUCAAAACCGCAGGUUGGCCGCAUGAUCUUCUCUCAGUGUGCUAGUGUUACGGGAUGCGCUGUUGAGAUCUCAGUCAUUUCGGGUGGUGAUGGGUGCUUGGUUUUGGCGUUCUCGUGGCAGACAAGUGUUGUCGAGGAAGGAUUAGUUUCGGCUGUUAUUGAGACCGUUGAGAAGGAGUUGCAUGAACUUGGACAGUGAUGUUCUAUAAAAUGCUUAUCAUGAGCCGCCUGUAUAUAUCUCCUUCGGGAUCUAAGGCCAUAAUCGCGACGAAUGGUGACCAACACUUCGACAGCACCAUACCUUCUUUAUACCCUGAUCAAACAUCAAGUAAGCCCAGGAGUCCAACGUCUCAAAAAAUAAUGCGACAUGCAUUUUCCUACUUCACUGGCGUUGUCCUGAUAUAGAAGGCGGCGAGACUGCAGAUAGUUAACUCGCAAGCUCGGCGGCAGAAUCGCGGGGAAAUCCAG